AUGUUUUCGAUUGAAGAGUAUUUUCAAUAUAAUACUGAAGAGAAUAAGUAUGGUUAUUCUGUUACUUUUAAUUUAACCAACAAUGAACAAGAGUUUUCUAGUUCAGUAUUAAAUGAGUUAAAAGGAAAAAAACCUAUUUCAAAAGAAGAAAUAUUUCAUAUCAAAGAAAAGGAUGAAAUGAAAGAAGAUUCUCAAGAAAUGACUAAUGCACAAAAUUAG